AUGGCUAAAAUCCAACGGCUAAAAUGCUGUCUUCGACAGGUGUUAAGCAGAAAGUUUGAUGCGCCAGAUCCCAUCUCUGCGGCGGUCGUGGAUGCUGAGCUUUUGGCAAAGAGUAGAACAUUCGCGAGUCGUUUAAGCCGAGCCAAGGUGCCACUUUUGUCGGGCGUAGAAGAGACAGCGACUGCAAUUGUAAUGCUCAUUUGCGGAACAGUCGAGGCAGCUUGGCUUCGGCAGACGAGGCCGGGCAGAGAAGGUGGAUAA